CGUCCGGGUCAAGGAGGAGCCGAUCCCUGCACUAGGAGAGAGUGUCCCGGGAUUUUCUGCUCCUGAGUCGUUGCUGGCAACCCGUUUUCUCUUUUGAAAAGCUGCACUUCUAGGACACACUCCUGGGUCUGCUGCCGUGGAGCUUCACUGGCUGGGAAGUGGUGGUCGUGACGAGCCCUGCCUGGGCCACACAGUGCAGAGGAUGGAAACACGCACCCGGCGAUGUCUCUGGGCCGCCUCCUCCGCCGCGCCUCCUCCAAAGCCUCGGACCUCCUGACCCUCACCCCCAGUGGUGGCGGUGGGUCCCCCUCUGUCCUGGAGGGAGAGAUCAUCUAUUCCAAGAACAAUGUCUGUGUGCACCCGCCUGAGGGGCUGCAGGGCCUGGGGGAGCAUCACCCAGGGUACCUGUGCUUGUACAUGGAGAAGGAUGAACUGCUGGGCACCACCCUGAUCCUGGCCUGGGUCCCCAACGCCCGCAUCCAGAGGCAGGACGAGGAGGCCCUGCGCUACAUCACCCCCGAGAGCUCCCCCGUGCGCAAGGCCCCGCGCCCUCGGCACCGCCGCACCCUGAGCACCGGGGUCCCCCACCAGGCCUUCCCCGGGGAGCCGAGGCCCCCCCUGACCCCCAAAGAUGAGGACACCCUGGCGGUGGCCCAGAGCAUCCAGGAUGCCGUACACAUCAGCCCUUCACCCGAGGAUGGGCAGCAGCUGGCCCUGGGCCCUGGGGUGGACAGUCCCCUGCCCGCCUCGCAGCCUGCCCACAGCGACUCGGGGAUCCUGUCUGCAGUCAGUUCUCAGGACGGGACCGAGGAGGGCCGGGUGCCUCGGCCGGAGGCUGGGGAGGAGGACGGUUCCCUGGAGCUGUCGGCUGAUGGCGUCAGCAGGGACAGCUCCUUCGACUCCGACUCUGAUGCCUUCUCUUCGCCCUUCUGCCUGUCACCCAUCAGCGUGGCCCUGGCCGAGGGCAGCAGCCAGGCGUUCCUGGAGAGCGAGGGCAGUUCCCCCUCCAGCUCCGAUGCCAACUUGAGGUUCCUGGAGGGCACCGGCACCCUGCAGACCGCACGCUGGGAAGAGCCGCAGCGGGGCUGCGCACUGGAGCAGAUCUGCGGUGUGUUCCGUGUGGACCUGGGGCACAUGCGCUCCCUGCGCCUUUUCUUCAGCGAUGAGGCCUGCACCAGCGGCCAGCUGGUGGUCGCCAGCCGAGAGAGCCAGUACAAAGUCCUCCACUUCCACCACGGCGGCCUGGACAAGCUAUGCGAGGUGUUCCAGCAGUGGAAGUUCUGCGCUGAGACGCACCUACGAGACCAGCAGGUCGCGGAUGAACGGACGUGCAUGCAGUUCUCCAUCCGACGGCCCAAGCUGCCGUCCUCGGAGACACACCCCGAGGAGAGCUCCUGCCGCAGGCUGGACGUCUCCACCUGGCUCAGCCACCUCAAUGAGCUGGGCCAGGUGGAGGAGGAGUACAAGCUGCGAAAGGCCAUUUUCUUUGGCGGCAUUGACGUGUCCAUCCGAGGAGAGGUGUGGCCCUUCCUGCUGCGCUAUUACAGCCCAGAGUCCACGUCGGAGGAGCGGGAGGCUCUGCGGGUGCAGAAGCGGAAGGAAUACGAGGAGAUCCAGCAGAAGAGGCUUGCCAUGUCUCCCGAGGAACACAGAGCCUUCUGGCGGAACGUGCAGUUCACCGUGGAUAAAGAUGUGGUCCGCACAGAUCGAAGCAACCAGUUCUUCCGAGGGGAAGACAACCCCAACGUGGAGAGUAUGAGGAGGAUCCUGCUGAACUAUGCUGUGUACAACCCGACCAUCGGCUACUCCCAGGGGAUGUCGGACCUGGUGGCCCCCAUCCUGGCCGAGGUUCUGGACGAGUCUGACACCUUCUGGUGCUUUGUUGGCCUGAUGCAGAACACGAUCUUUGUCAGCUCUCCCCGGGACGAGGACAUGGAAAAGCAGCUGCUCUACCUUCGGGAGCUGCUGCGGCUGACGCACCUGCGCUUCUACCAGCACCUGGUGUCGCUGGGUGAGGACGGCCUGCAGAUGCUGUUCUGCCACCGCUGGCUGCUGCUGUGCUUCAAGCGCGAGUUCCCUGAGGCCGAGGCCCUGCGGAUCUGGGAGGCCUGCUGGGCCCACUACCAGACGGAUUACUUCCACCUCUUCAUCUGUGUGGCCAUCGUGGCCAUCUACGGGGACGACGUCAUCGAGCAGCAGCUGGCCACGGACCAGAUGCUCCUGCACUUCGGCAACCUGGCCAUGCACAUGAACGGGGAGCUUGUGCUCAGGAAGGCCAGGAGUCUGCUGUAUCAGUUCCGCCUCCGGCCGUGCAUCCCCUGCAGUCUGCACGACCUGUGCAAGCUCUGUGGGACAGGCAUGUGGGACAGCGGGUACAUGCCCGCCGUGGAGUGUGCUGGCCACCACCCGGGCUCUGAGAGCUGUCCCUAUGGAGGCACCGUGGAGGUGCUUUCAGCCAAACCUCCGAGAGACGGCAAGAAGGGCCCAAAGACGUCUCGGGAGGGCUUUGGUUUCCACAGAUAGGGGCUACUGCCUGCUCAGGACAAGGGGGUGAGGGCCUGGUAGAGGGCCUAGCAUGUGGGAGGGGUGGGGUGGGUGUGGAGGGGAUGGGACGGUGAAAAUGUAAGAAGAUGCCCUUGGGCAGCAUGAAGAGCGCCAUCGCAUAGUAACGACAGUCGGGAAAUGACAGCGUAGGCCUCCCAGCCACCCAGAGAGGCCUGCUCCAGGAACGCGGCCAGGAGCGCCUCAGGACGCAGGCAGAAGAGCCCUCAUGCCAGCCUCCUUGGGUGGGUUACAGCGUGACCCAGGAGUUCUUCCUUGCCAGACAAUGGGAAAAGCAGGAAUAGGAGAGAAAGCCUUGUCCACCCCCAGCACCAAGGGACAGUGGGGUCCCCUGCCCAGGCUCAGACACAUCCACAUGCGUGCUCUCUUCCGGGGGUCAGGCACUCCCCUGGCAUCCCGGCACGAGAAGACACCGCCAGAAGAGCUCGAGAGCGAGAGUGGUAGGGACAGUACUGUGGGGAAGGGAGGUGCCUGCCCACGAGCCAGAGCCACGGGCUGCUCACUCAUCGGUUGCCACCCCUUGGCUGGGACCUUCACCUCAGAGCCCCAGCCGAUACAGCUGCCAACUGGGGGCUGAAAGGGCCGAGGCGUCACACAAGCCCGCGUGCAGUAUCAAGUGACCAGCCAAGACCAGGCACCUGGGCUGGCUGGGAAGGUCGGCCCACCUCCCUCGGGGCUGCAGCCUCUGCUUGAACGCGGACCUCCCGUCAGUCAGCUCCUGAGGUGGCUGGGCACAAAAGGGCGCUGUCAGACAGUAGCAUGGGGCGCUGCACUUCUGGGUGGGAACAAGACCUCCUGGCACAUUGUCCCCCCAAAGGCCGUGUCACUCACUGCGUCUGGGAGGGAGGGAUGGAUAGACCAGACUGGUGACCAGCCGUGCGUGGAAGGCCACAUGUGACGCGGCUGGGAGCCGGGCGCUCGGAGCCCUCCAGGGUGUUGACGGACAGGGGUUCCUCCCCUGCUCAGCUCUGUCAUGGAGGGGUAGAGGCACUGCUGGACCGGGCCGCUUUUGAAAGUGAUUUGUCAACAGGAAGCCGGGUGCUUGCACCAGCCCUGCCUUCUCUUUGCCAUGAGCCUGGUCCAUCUCCACGGGAGCCUCGAAGUUCCCAGGGCCCUCUGACCAAGAGCCCUGGGGUGGGGGGUCAUUGGAGGAGAGUUGUCAUUGUGCCCAUCUUGAGCUGGGUCUUUGUGCUCUGGCAGCCGAGGCCUUGGGAGGUAGGAUUCUCAUCUACUUCGCUUCUGGGAAGAGGAUUGUUGGCUCCUGAUCCUCUGGGGACUUCGAGUGAACCAGGCCUGAACUGCCCCAACCCUCUGGAAGCCGACCCAGAGGCAGGUGUGCUAUCAGCCAUCCCUUCCCACAGUGAAACAGUGUAGCAAAUAACCCCAGAACUUUAGCUCACAACACAGGUUUGCUGGUCAUAGCCCCGGCUGGGCAGUUCCCAGCAUCCCCUGCAGUCUGCACGACCUGUGCAAGCUCUGUGGGACAGGCGUGUGGGACAGCGGGUACAUGCCUGCCAUGGAGCGUGCUGGCCACCACCUGGGCUCUGAGAGCUGUCCCUAUGGAGGCACCGUGGAAAACCUCCGAGAGAGGGCUGAUUGGUUGGACUCUGUUCACAGGUAGGUCUCUCUUGCAUCCCUGCCACUGGCCAGCCCUGCUGGGAAUGUGCCUUUCCAAGCCGUGCAUAUAUACACCUGCGGGCAUCGCUCUGGUUACAGCAGUCUCGUCGCUGGCCUUGGCAUUCUGGGGUGGGGGUGUGGACCCUCCCCUCUAGUGUCCCCCUGUACAGUCACAUAGGCAAAACCUGGGCAUCAGCAAGAGAGGGGGCUGGGAUCGCCGUUACAAUUGCCAGCCGCCACAGGGAGUCUUGGUCCCAAUGCCACUGUCCCCAUCACUCCUUGCUGGAGAGGAAGAGCAGCAAAGUGCCCACCCCUCCCACAUCCUCACGCCCCGUGUUUUAGCCUGACACCUCGUGCCUUUGGGCUGCGGUGUCUGGACAUCGGCACUGGGGAGGGGGAGCAGGUCCCGGGUGGAAAGCCGCCAUCAUGUCUCCACCUCCUCGUUUCCUCCCUGGCAGCUCCACCAGCUGCGUUCCUCACCAGGUGCCACCCCUGCCCCUCACCCUCCCCUGGGCCGGCACAGAUCCAGGGGACACCUGCACCUGUGGGCCAGCCAGGAUCUUGGAAGCCAGACCUGGGAGUGUCGCCUGGGGGAACCCUGCUGGGGGCGGGGGACAGAGCCGCCCUCCUCCGUGCAGCGCCCUUAAUGUGGAUGCAAUUAGAGGAAACCAGCCAAAAACCCUGCGGCAGCUGUUACCCCCGGAUUAUUCCCAGCCAGCAAAAGGCAUUAGGGUGAUAAUUCAGUCAUUAGACUCCAAGCCUUCGCACCGCCAGGACGUGCAAAGAGGGGGUAAUCAGCCCGGUGCUGCCGUCCUCAGCGAUGCUGCUUAUUUAACCCAUUUUUUAAAAUGACACUUAAUGUUAUUGGCUGGUGCGCGUGUGUGCGCAUACUUACAAGUCAGCACUUGGUCCAGCCCCACCACUAAUGUCUGUGUGACAGUGUUGUGUGAUGUCAUCUGGGGCCUCUGGGCCGAGAGGGCACCUUUGAUGUGUGAGCACAGACCUAGUGUGGCCUCAGCGCCUGCCGCCACCCAGAGAGGGCCUGCUGACUUCCGGCUCAGCCUCCCAGGGAGAGGGGACGAUGCUGGGGGUCAGGAGGGGGACACGCCAACAGGAAAUGGUGGAGCUCUGACUGGUCCAGAAGGGUGUCUUUCCAGGGUGCGGGGGCUCAGUGCUCUUCAAGCCCCGGCCAGGACAACUCCCCCAGCUCACUCCCACAGGGGAGCAGGGUCCAGAGUCCACACGGGCAGCCUUGGCCUGGACACCGUCCAUGCCACGUCCUCCUCACCAGCCGAGCCUCGGGCAGGAUGGAGGCUGUUGGAGCUCAGAGUACAGAGCACAGCCUCAGAUCCCAUGUCACAUGCCCUGCUGGACGGGAGGCCAUCCACUCCAAAACAGGGGCUUCCCUUUGCCUUGGACUGUGGCAGGGGCUGGCAGAGACCACCUAGCUCUUGCUUUCAUAGGUGGCCCUGGAGUGGGGGGGUGACCACAGGGAGGUGGGGUGAGGAUUGUAGUUGGGGGUUCAGUUCCUGCAAGGUCUCUCUGAGCUCUUGUCUGCCAGAAGUGGCUUGGGGAGGGCAGCCGUAGGGAAGCGGGGAGGAUCUCAGGCUGUGCCCUGGGGAGGCCUCAUUCCUGUCCAGCCUCCUUGGCUCCCUGCAUGGAGAGUGAGGGGUUGGAGACAGCCUGGGCCUCAGAAGGGAGAGGACAGUGCCCCCAGGAAAACUCACAAUACUCAGGGGUGCCCUGGAGUCCCUGAGAAUACACAGCCGUAGGCUCCAGUGAGCCCUGGGUUCUUAGCUGGCCACAGAGACUUCUGGUCUGGACAGAAAUGCCUCAGUCUAAAUGCCAGUUUCUCCGAAUUCCUCCCCAGAGCUCAGAAGCAGCAGAGGGAAGAGCUCAUCCCUGGGGUCAGGGACCUUGCUCCAGCUGCUGCCAACCCUCCCUGGUAUGUGGCCUUCUGCCUCUCCCAGCCUCAGUUUCCUCACCUGUGAAGCACGAAUAAGGCACCCCCAGGCUGUCUCUCAGGGCUACCAUGGGGACCCUUGGGGUACAAGCUGGCCUGCAGAUGGUUAC